ACAGGUUUUAUAUAAAUGGUUAACGGUCCCUCAUCUGUUACCUGUCAAUGGGUCAAAAUAUCCAAGGCUCUGAAAGCUUCACUCCCACGUCAGACAGAAGAAAACCUUAUCCACUCCCCGGGAAAAUCUUGCCACCUUAUCCGUUCCAAGUCAUUUUCACUCUACGAAAAUGAUAUACUGGAUGCUUAUAACGUUGAUCCCUCUCCUUCAGAUGUUUGCCUCAAGCACCACCUACAGAAGAUGCAGGCGCUCUUACAUCUUUCGCCGCCACCUCUCCCUGUUACAACUCCUGCCAAACCCUUGGUCUUGCAAAGGAGGACCUUCCCAAGGUUGAAUAUUCCCAGAUGUUCCCCAAUCAAAGGAAGUUCAGUAGUGGCUGAUGACGCUUCAACAGUUGAUUACAGCUCCAUGACCUCGGUUUUCCCAGCUGAGGCUUGCGAGACAAUAGGAGGGGAAGCUUGUGAUGUUGAAAUGUAUCCUGAAGUGAAGCUCAAAUCAGUUGCCAAAAGCACUACUAGCACUACUACUGAACAGAUAGACACAGACUACUUAGAAUACAAUAGUCCCAAGACGGUGUUCCUAGAAGAGGCUUGUGAUGAUCUUGGUGGAGAAUUUUGUGACCCUGAGUACAAAAAGGAGUCUACAUAGAAUGUUUAGUGAAGAUAAAUCCCUUGGCAAUGUAUCUAACGAAGUUGUUGAACAAUACAUGCAAGUUAAAUA